GAAGCGUUAAUUCAUCCAUUCAUCAGGGGAUAGCAUUGCCAUGACCAUCUUAUCUCGGGCUUACCCUAAUUUGUUCCCGUAGCGUGUAUUUAUAUUUCUCUUCUUGUUCUCACAGUAUAAAUUGCAUUUCUGACACGUCUGCUGGACCAGGUGUGACGAAGGCAUGACAAGGCUAUUCCUCUUGUUCUCACAGUAUAAAUUGCACCUCUGACACGUCUGCUGGUCCGGGUGUGACAAGGCAUGACGAUAAGGGAACCUUGAGGCCCGAGGGGUAUAUAUACUUACCAAUGUGUAAAUACUUCUACAGACAUCACGCGACAACAGACAUGACAUCCCAUUUGAAACUCGGAGCGCUCCCUACAUUCGAUGAGCUGCCAAGUUUUCAUGACUUCAAGGGAUGUGCAUGGGACGUAUGGGGCAAGGACGAUGAGCUAGGCACAAUUAACUUGCUCACCCCCGAGGUAGUGGCACGAGCUGCUCAGGAGGAGAUUCGUCUAGGACGCACAGUUUCAUUGAAUUGGCCAAUCCACUUCCCCUCAAGGCCCAUGUUCGGGCGUAAGAUUCCAUCCAUCACUACCUUCGGGAAGUACGGACCCACCUUGCCCGUUCGGGAUGACAUUAUCCAUAUCAACACACAAUCGGGUUCCCAGUGGGACGGUUUGAAGCACUAUGGGUUAACACAACAUGGUGUGUUCUACAACAACACUCCCGCCGAAUCCCUUUCUGAGGGUGAAAUGGAAUUGCAUGAUCCGAGUGAGAUUGAUUAUUCGAAAGUCAAACUUGGAAUACACAACUGGGCUAAUCAUGGCAUAUGUGGCCGCGGCGUUUUCCUGGAUGUGGUAAGGUACUACACGGCCAAUGGGGAGGCCCUACCCUACGAUCCCUGGAGCGCGCAUCCAAUCACUGUUGCCGAGCUAGAGGCUAUCGCGAAGAAGCAAGGGGUUGAGUUCCGACAAGGCGACAUCCUUAUCCUGCGCGUCGGGUUUACCCAAAAAUACUAUGAAAGCACCAAUGAAGCAAAGGCAAAUUUGAGAGCUGCCUCAGGAAAGGAAACAUUCGCUGGAAUAGAACAAAGUGAAGAUAUGAAACGCUUCCUCUGGAAUAAUCACUUUGCUGCUAUCGCAUCUGACCAGCCAUCCUUGGAGCGCUGGCCCACGCCAAUGGGAACGCAGCUUCACCAGACAAUUCUCGGCCUCUAUGGAAUGCCUAUUGGCGAAUUCUUUGAUCUUGAAGCUCUCUCGGAAUUGUGCCAAGAGACUGGUCGCUAUACGUUCUUUUUCACGUCUUGGCCUCUGAACAUUCUUGGCGGUGCUGCGAGCCCCCCCAACGCUGCCGCAUAUUUCUGAGCUGUCCUUGACACGAGUUCCUGGUAGUUCAUGUGAGUCGGCUGAGGUGUAAAUUUGUAAAGGUUGAGACGUGUCAUUGUCAAACAAAGGUUAUGGUUAUAUGAGUUGUAGCUGUCACUACACAACGAAGGGUUGCGAUGGACCCUACACAAUGUAUCGUUGUAGAGAUGUUACUGGUUCAAUCGUG